AUGGAUAUAUCUUAUCUUGAUACUAAAGUAUCAAUAUUCAAGACAAAUGAUGGAAAGAUCAAGCAAAGUGAGAUAAAUAAGAAUAGGAAUAGGAUAAACCUUGAUUCAUCUCCAAUUAAAAGCAAAAAUAAAAUCAUUUUUAAUGGUUUAUCUCCAUCUCAAAACUCAGAAAAUGAACAAUGUUAUUAUAACCCAAUUGAUUUAAUAACUCCUAUUUCUAUGAAAAGAAUCAGUUUUGACAAUUCUAGUAACCACAGUAAAUAUAAUAUUGAUAAUAUUGACAAUAGUAUUAAAUUUGAUUGUUUUAAUACACCAUUUAUUAAUGGAUUUGAGAAGUUUAUUGAAAAUCAUUUGAAUUACAAUAAUAAUUUUAAAGAGAAUAAUAACAACGAAAAAGAAAGUAAGAUUUUGGGUAAUAAUCUAAACUUACUAUUAGAUAAAAAAAUCAAUAGGAAAAUAUUAAUUAAUUUAUUUAAAAAAGAUAUUUCAAUUAUAGAUAAUAAUACAUUGAUUUAUCUUAAAUUUUUAUUGAAUGAUUUUAUUGAAUUAAAAAUCAAACAAGAUAAUUAUGGAGAUAAUUAUAAAAAUACGAUUCAAUUACCAGAAGCCACAUCAACACCAAGACCAACAAAAAGUAAAUUGAUAUUUGAAAAUGACAAUAAGAAAAUUAGUAAUUGUGAAAAAGAGGAUAAACAAGGUGAUGAAGAUGAAGAUGAAGAUGAAGAUGAAGAUAAGUAUUUUGUAAUUUAUCAAGGAUCAAAUAAAAGUGAUGAUGUUAAUCAAAUUAUGAUUGAUCCAAAUUCUGAUAAUUUCCGAAAUUCAUUUAUUUCAAACUUAAAAGCGCAUCUUAAUAUUGAAGAAAAGGUCGAUAAGAUUGAUAAGAUUGAUAAGAUUGACAAAAUUGUUGAUGAAAUCGUUGAUGAAGAUUAUAAAAUUAAAGUUAACUUUGAAGAAGAGGAAAAAAAUAAUUCGUUAUUUUCGAUAAAAGAUAAAAGUUUAUCAAUUAAUCAAAUAAAAAAUUUGAAAAUCAGUGAUAGCGGAUUUACAUCGAAUGUUACGAGUUUAAAUAAAGAUGAUACGAGGCAAAAGAAGAGCAGAAAAACUGAGGGGAGCGAUAUUACAAUGAGUAAUAGCAAACAUGAUAAAAGUGAUUCAAAAAGGAAAAUCGAUUCAAGAAAAAGUUCGAUAAAAAGAGCAGCAAAAGAAUUGAGUUUUCUAAAAGAAUUGAGAGAUAGCAGUCUUGAAGAGACGUUUGGAUAUAAAAAGAAAAAGAAGAAUGAUAGAAAUGGAGAAAAAGAAGAAUUUGAUGAUAUGAUCAAAAAGAUUAUCAGAGAAGGAGAGAAGAAUAGCAAGAUUUGCAACAAAUUCAAGAUUAAAAAAAGUCGAAAUAUGGAAGUGAAAAAAAGCCGAAGAAAGCUUUACAAAAAGAUGGUAAAGAAAUGUGAAUUAGAAAAAGACGCGUUUGACUUAUUGAUCUGA